AUGGUAAUUCUGGUCUAUCUUUCUUUCUUUCUUUCUUUCUAUCGCAAUCCGUUUCUAUCUAUCUAUCUGUCUAUCUAUCUAUCUAUCUAUCUAUCUGUCUAUCUAUCUAUCUAUCUAUCUAUCCGAGUCUGUAUCUAUCUGAGCCUGUUUACUGCUAUCUAUCUAUCUAUCUAUCUAUCUAUCUAUCUAUCUAUCUAUCUAUCUGAGUCUGUUUACAACUAUCUAUCUCAGUCAGUUCAUAUCUAUCUAUCUAUCUAUCUGAGUCUGUUUAUAUCUAUCUAUCUCAGUCAGUUCUAUCUAUCUAUCUAUCUAUCUAUCUAUCUAUCUAUCUCAGUUCUUGUAUUAUCUACCUGUCUAUCUGUAAGAUCUUUUUUUCUAUUUUGUUCAAUAUAUUCCUAUCUAUAUCCUAACUGUUCUCCCUUAUUUUUCUUUCUUUCUUUCUUUCUUUCUUUCUUUUUUCUUUCUUUCUUUCUUUCUUUUUUCUAUUCUUUUUCCGUUCAACGCAUUCCCCUCUCUUCAUCCUGCCUCUUCUGUCUGUUGAUAAACGUCCUUUCUUUCUUUCUUUCUUUCUUUCUUUCUUUCUUUCUUUUUCUUUCUUUUGCUUCUAUUUCGUUCAACCCAUUCCCCUCUCUCCAUCCUAACUGUUCUCUCUAA